GGCCGAAAAAAGCAGGCAGCAAUCCCAACCUUAUCCGCGUCAACGCAUCAUGUCUGUCAACGCCGCUCUACCUCCGUCCCAGCGGGGCCAAAAAACAGCUGGAGCCCGGCCAGAUUUGAUGGAUGACCUCAGCAAACGGCUCGAGAGCAACCCGUACGAUGCGACAAGUAACCCCAAGGGCAUCAUUGAUCUUGGGUCCGCUGUUAAUGAGAUUAUGCUGGAGGACUUGGCCUGCUGGACAAAGCGGAAUGUCAAGAAGAGCCAACUCAAGGAGUCUCUUGGCUACGGCGACAGCCAGAAUUCUCAAGACCUCCCAAAAGCAGCAGCAGCUUUCAUGAACGAACACUUCAAGGUCCGCCUCCCACUAACAGCCGAUAACAUCCUCGCCGCAAAUGGCGUGACGUCACUCCUUGACGCUCUCACGUACAACAUCACCGACGCAGGCGACGCCGUGCUCCUCGCGACGCCCUCGUACGGCAUGUUUGCCCACGACGUCUGGACUCGCAACGGCGUCCGCGUGGUAGAGGUACCCUGCGACGACAUCCCCGAGGAGCGCUUCUGGGGCGAGCCGCCGCGUGAGGACGGGCCCGUGCCGGUACCCGAGCUAGUCGUCCGUCUAGAGAAUGCGAUCCAGGUCGAGCUGAGCCAGAAGCGGAAAGUUGGGGGUGUGUUGUUGGCGAAUCCUGAUAACCCGAUGGGUCGGUGUUAUGCUGCGCAUGUGCUGCUGCAGAUCUCGCAGCUGUGCGCGAGGCAUAAGAUCCAUUUGAUUGUGGAUGAGGUGUACGCCAUGAGUGCCGGGGAUCGGUUCUCGAGUAUACUGAGUCUGGGGCUGGAUGUCAACUUUAGGAAUGUUCAUGUGUUGUGGGGGUUGAGUAAGGAUUUCGGCCUCGGUGGGCUCAGGAUCGGCUUCCUGGCGACGUACAACAAGGAGAUUUACGAUUCCAUGCGGGCGUCGAGCACAUUCGGGUGGGUCUCUGCACUCAGCGCAUCAACAGCCGCGAAACUCCUAUCGGACGCAAAGUACCUCCGCAACCAGUACCUCCCCCAGUUCCGUCGUCGCCUGACCAAGAGGCGCGCCUUUGUCGAGGAGGAGCUGGAAAAGUACGACAUCCCGCACGUCAAAGCCGAGGCGGGCUUCUUUGUGUUUGUCAACUUGUCCGAGUGGGUGGAUCUCCUGCUCGAGAAGCACGGCAAGCAGGGGGAUUUGAAGUUUGUGGAGUACUUGAUGAAGUACCGCGUCUAUCUCGAACCCGGACAGGCAUUCUUCUCCAACCGGUCGGGAUGGUUCCGACUCAAUUUUGGCGGGGAAAAGGAGACGUUCAAGCUCGGUCUGCAGAGGCUGUUCCAGUGUCUGAGGUUGCUUGACGGCAAGGACCACUUUGACCCGACGAUUGGCCUUCCUGGGAUCUAUCAUCCUCCGCCAAAAGGCAGUCAUAUCGUCGCGGUAUGAGAGGAAGUACGGUAGUAGUAUUGAGCAUGUUUUGGGUACAAGAAAAGUCGCCGGAGGAAGGACGUCGGGGAAAAGCUGAGGAUACCCUUCCCGAGAGUCCGAUCGCUUCGGAAACGGCACGGUGAGAUUAGCCGGAGCUUGAUAUGUCGCAUGUCGCGGCGAGUCAACGCUACAGUUGCAUGAGACUUCUGUCAGCUGAUGUGCGCUACACAUAUCUUUAAGGUUGUGCGCUGCUCUUUCUUAUUUUGGGAAAAAUAAAUUGAUUGGUGGGAAGCGAGGUCUUCGGAUCGACGGCGUUGACCGAAGUGUCGGGUUUGUCUGGGGGAGUUUUUGUGGAUCGUCUGAGGUUUUUGUCCCAUAUUUCCCUCGCGUUCGUCUUGUUUUAUGUCGAUCUCGGACUUGAGGCCG